GAUACCGAUGGCGAGCAGCAGCGGCCUGAAGUGCGCGGACGAGCCGGCCCCCGACGGGUCGUGCGAUGUGUGUGAGCCGGACGAGGCGCAGCCCGCCCUCAAGGUGUGCGACGCCUGCAACCUGUCCUUCUGCCAGACCCACGCCCGGCAGCACGACGAGAAGCCGGGCCGGGGGUGGCAGCACCAGCUCCGGGACUACCAGGCGGCCCCGCCGCAGCCGCCGGCCGCCGACGACGAUGCGGCCCGGGGGGAGAGGAGGAAGUGCGUGGAUCACGACCAGGAGAUCACGCUCUACUGCAAGGACGAUGAGAAGAUCAUCUGCGUGCUGUGUGCCGUGGGCCCCCACAGUCAGCACCAGCUCAUUACACUGGACGAAGCCUACUUGGCCGUGAGAAGCCGACCUCCUGCUGACCUGAAGGGUGCCAUGAAUGAUGAUGGUGGGAGCGGUUUGAAGACAAAGUGUGCUGACCCAAAUGUGACGCAGGGGCAAAUGAUAGACUGUAUCAAGCAAGAGUUUGCCAAGAUGAGGAAGCUGUUGACCGAGGAAGAGCGCAAGGCCCUGCACCUGGUGGACCUACAGGAGGCAGUGGCUACGGCACACGUAGCCGAGGUCAUCGCCGAGAUUAACGUCACCAUGGAGAAGCUUACAGAGGAGAUGCAGGAGAUCACAAGGCAGUUGGACACUUUCAACCAGCUGGCACUGUUGAAACCAAAGGAUAUUGAAGAUAAACUCAGGGAAAAAUCCCACAGAGAUGACUCGCCUCCUCCAGGCAAGGGUGGAGGUUUUGGAGAGACUUCAAGUGCAAAUGGACCUUGGUGAAGUUAGCAAGAGACAUUCCAACUGCCUUUUGCUGCUAUUGUACUGAAGAGUUCUGGAUUUAAUCAAUGUAUUUUUAAAUUUGCAAUGAAUAUUGAAAUUUGAAACCUGUGAAUCAACGAGGAGCGUUUUUAAUUUCUGAGUGCGGCUGGAAAUAGAAGCCAACAUGAACGUCAGCAGACAGAGUUGGCAAUUGUUAGCAGAAGGGAAACCUAAAUGGAGAACCAGGCACAAGGUGCAACACAGACUAUUGCAAGCUGGCUGAAACAGAUCAUUGUACCUUGGAAUGUCAUGGAAUAUUCAAUUUAUAAAGAGGUCGUGAAUUUAUUUUUAAAAUUCCUUAUUUUAAUAGUCAUGUUCUGAUAAUGUAGAACGUGGCCACUUUCCUACCUUUGUGUGUUUGGACUGGAUUAGUUGAUCAACAUAUGACGAAGAACUGUAUGUCCUAUCCAUGUACCUUAAUUGAGGAUCAUACGCCCUCCAGGAUUGUCCUGGACUCUCCUGGAAUUGGAUUGAUCUCCGGAAUAACUCAAGAAAACUGUCAAAGGGGCAGGAAUGAAACGAAUUGUUUUCUUUUAACUAGGAGAAUGCACAGAAAUUUAAAUUCUAAGGCAUUUACAACAACAAUUUGAAUAGAUACGUAUUAUGCUUAUACACCUAAUGAUUUUUUUUGAGGGGUUGAGAGACUAUGCCCUGCUGGUCCCUCCCUGCACACAACCCUGGUCUCAACACCUUUGUUCCUCAGCUAUGGAAAAUGUAGGUGACUAGCAAGGAAAGACUGGCAGUCACUUGAUUUGUUUUAACAGUCUGGGAUUGGUCAUAUUAGAGAAUCAUUAAGCAGUGGUGCUCAUGAUGUGAAAGCUCCGGGAAUAUCUUCCAAUCUUCCACCUUAAAUGGAAAUCUCAGCCUCACCAGGAAGACAAACAAGAGGUUGCACAGUUCAGAAGACUCCUGCAGGGACUGCACCCUCAUAAAUCUCAACAGGUCUAAUGUAGGACUGUUCUCGUUCUACAACCCACACACACACCUACACUCAACUUUACUGCCCUUCUGGAUCUCGAUGGGCACCUCAUUUGCCAAGUAAAGCAACCCAGUCCGGAAAUAAGUGUGGCUCUGGCUAACGUGAAAAAGGGGGCUUCAUUUCCUUUCAUGCCGACGAAAAUGAAUGAAAGCCAGGAGAGUCAUCUAACGAGCAGUUGAAUCAAUUUCAGCCAAAAUCAGAAUUGCCCAGGUGCGUGCAAAAUGCCUAAGAUGUUUCUGAGAGUUGCUUCAAUCUGACAGGUGGGCUUUGCAGAUCUGUAAGAAAUGGGGAAAAGAACUGAAAAUGUUCACAUUUACUGCAUGGCUGGGAGACCACAGAGGGUUGUGGAAGCCGGGAAGGGUCAGGGUUAGGGUCACUAACUUCCUGGCUUCCUUCAAAGAAGGUCUGCUGAUCUGGGCCAGUUGAGAUCAGAGUGGGAAGUGGGUGGGGUGGAGGCUGUGGUUUAACUGCCUGCUUUCUCACUGAGGGAUGGCACCAGUCCGCCAGUACAGAUGGGCCACCUCUUGUUAAACGGAACAACAUGUAACACAGCAGCACUUCCAAGACACAUUCAAGCAGCUGCCAGCUGCAUGCAUGAAGUUCACACUGCUUAGACGUUGAUUCCAACACACUUUAUUGUAGUUAUAAUCUUCUCCAAAUGUAACAAUCACCAGCAUUGUCUUCAGGACGCAGGUUAGUGGAGAAGUAGGGACUGAGGGGGAAAAAUUGGAAAGACAGUUCCCUCUCUCUCUUUACAAUAUUUCUCUUUACAAUAUUUUUAUUAAUUCCACAAGGAAAAUACAGAGUACAUGAAUCAAAAGGAAGAUAAAAUACUAGUAAAUACAUUGUGUUAAAUCAUACUUGAAAUCACAAUCCUCUAUAUUAGUAAUCAAAAAUAAUAAUGAAUUAAUAACGAAUAAAUUGGAAUAAUUUCAUUAUUAAAAAAAAUCUAAACCCGCUACCAAGACUGAAGCUGUUUAGUGAAAAAAAAGGACGAGGAAAAACCCUUAACACAUAAUGAUAUCAGCCAAUAUCUGUACUUUAACCAUCAGAUCAAAGAUUUUGAAAAUAGUUCAAGAAAGGUCCCCACAGUGUUUGAAGGUCGAAGUUAGAUUCAGAAAUUGAACAACGGACCUGCUGUAAACUUAAGUAUGACAUAACAUCCCGUAACUAUUGAGCAUGAGUAGGCGGAGUAACUUCCUUCCAUUUAAGCAACACAGAAAGACAGUUCCAACCCUCUAGCAGAGCGCAGCGGGACACAUGAAGGCCUUUGGUGUAGGCGAUCACAGUGGAUAAAAGCUGGGCAGCUGAAGGGUGGCAAAGCCAAUCUCAGGAUAAAGGUAGAAACCCUACCACUUUGCUUGUGGGUCACGGAGAGCAGGGAUAUUCUCCCCAGGCUCCAUCCCUUGCAUAAUCAGACCCCUGUCCACUAAAAGCCCUCUACUUCACCAGUUUCAUUUGCUUUGCAGCCUCACUGUACCCCUUUUUCCCUGGGAAUGGGGAUGGGACACCUGACAGAGAUUGGAUCUGAACAUCCCUCACUUGGGGACUGGACCCUCUGGGGUUGAGCAUCAAACACCCCUUCCCUUGGCCUCACGCCCGCUUGUUCUGCGGCAGCCCUGUGGACAACACACUGCACAACCUGAGGGCGGGCCUUGUCGGCCAAGCUGACUUCAAAGCAGGGGGCCCAAAGAGGUCACAGACUCUGGUGUUAAAGCUCCACAGCAUGUGGGAAGCCUCAAGACCUCUGGGUUUCUCAAUACCACCACGUGUGUGUAGCCUGCCCCAGCGAACACCCAGACCUGGUGUCGGAGCAUCGUCACUGAUCACAACCCCUUUCGUCAGUUUAUGAGACGAACACAUCAAUCUGGUCGCAUCCCCUCCAGCACAACAGUAGAACUGGAAGCAGCUGUGUAUAAUGCAACCUUCCCUUCAAAAGGAACUCUGUGUAACAUGGUUGGUUCGAAAGUCUUAAUUACUGCUCCUGACACAGAGCAUAAAACUGCUGGAAGGACCGUGCAUCAUUGGCUUCAUGGAACCUGUAUGACUGGAAAAGGGUCGCAGAUAUAAGUAACCAUUCUUAGACCAGUUGUCUGUGUAAGAUUCAUAUCCAGAAUUUGCAUUUUUCUUGUUCAUACCUGUAAUAAAGAUGAUUUACGUU